AGCACAAGCGAGCGGCGUAUCGGCAGGUGGGGGAAAGGUAGUCUGGGCGCGCUUCGAGCCUCGAAACGGAAGCCAAUCUGCUCGAAUCCGGCGCAGUGCGAGCAGCGGGUCACAGACAACAUAUAUAUUUGAUACGUUAGGCGACCCUCCUCGCACCUUCGACGCACGAUAAUCCCGCGGCGCGACAUCCGCGAGACAGAAGCGAGCGACGCCGCUCCUUCGCCCGUCGUACGCACCCUCCGCAACCACUGCCGAUCGGUUCGCGGCGCCGACCUCAUCGCGAUACACGCCACGAGUAAGCUCGAACACGCCGCGCGUAACACCUGACGAAAGCUCGAGCUUUCCAGUGGACUUGCACGCGGAACAGUGAUGGGAUACUUUGAGGACGCUCGAACCCCGCAGCCCUGGACUCUGAAAAUUUUUCUCCUCGUCGCGGGUGCACGUGUGAUUUUUAAUUCGUAACGUUUCAAUUUUUCCUUCUUGCCUUUUUUUUCUUUCUUUCUUUCUUUUUUUUUCUUUUUUUUUUUUCUUUCGAACUUCGCUCCGCGUUUAUUUGGAUAUUCAAUUGUGUGUGCGCGUGUGGGUGCCCGCCUACACGCGGUUGUGAGUGUACUUGACCGUGAAAGAGGAGACGUGCCGGUAAGAGUUUCCUCGCGUCAAUAAUUUCUACGUACGACGAUGUACCCCGGGUGCAGAAACGCUCGGACAGCCAGACUGCACUGACGAUUUAAAUCGAGACGGUACGCGUAGCCGGGGUGUCGGUGCGGUUGUUGGCGUAACGACGGUGAGGAGACCGGAAAUCGGUAGGAACGUUGAGAGAGAGGACCGGGAGGCCCCGGAAGGAGAGCCUCGAGGUAACCGGCGAGUGAUGAUGAUCGGUGGAAGCGUCGCGACGCCCACCGGCACUACGAAACCAGCAGUGACAACGAACGACAACAGCAUGGUAGUGGUCGACGCUAUCGGCAGCGCGGCGGCCGAGUCCGGAUUCUCUUUGCCAAACGCCGCUUCGAAGCUGAACGCGAAGGCCAUCGGCGCUACGAACAACAACGCCGCGGUUAAAUGUUGCUCCGACGAUUCCGGACCCACCCCAGCCAGCAAUGGCGUCACCGUAACUCGUCCCUGGGAGCCACCCUCCCCCUCGCACCCUCCGCACACGGCGCAACAACCUCCGACGGCCCAUCACCAGAUCAACGUCAUUCCACCCUCGGCUCUGCUCGACGGAGUUGGAAUUGGCUGCGCCGGUUCGGUCGCACCGAAUCCUUUCGGAAACAGCAGCGGAGCCAAUGCAGGGGGUGUAACAUCCCGUCAAAGACUUUUGGAGCUGUCUCACGGUUUGGGCGCCCUCCGUCACUACAACGAUUUGGCAAAUCACGUACUUUCCCUCAAUCAACAAGGUGCAGUUGUAACGAAGCUAUUGGGAACCCUGAGACCCCCGGGUCUGAUCGGCGGUAGUAAACCGAAAGUUGCGACGCCUGCGGUCGUGGCUAAAAUCGAACAGUACAAAAGAGAAAACCCUACGAUCUUCGCGUGGGAAAUACGCGAACGACUGAUAUCCGAAGGAGUUUGCAGCAACGCGACGGCGCCAUCGGUCAGCAGCAUAAACCGCAUCCUGAGAAACCGAGCGGCGGAACGAGCGGCGGCGGAAUUCGCGCGGGCCGCCGGCUACGGUCUCUACGCUGCGGGGCCUCACCACUACUUCAACUCGCCCCACCACCACCCUCACCACAUACCGGGAUGGGGUGGGGCCCACCCCUGGGUCCUGCCAACCAUCCCAACCGGAGGCUCGGUCCUUCUUCCUCCAGCGCCGAGUCCAGGCGGUGGAUCCAGCGGAAGUCCCGACCACGCGCUUCACGGAUCGGACCCGAUGACUCGCGGAUACUUGGAUGCUGACGGAGACGAUGGAAGCUUGGACGGAUCGGAGCAGCCAAAGUUCAGACGGAAUCGUACAACCUUCAGUCCCGAGCAGCUCGAGGAACUGGAAAAGGAGUUCGAGCGUUCGCACUACCCUUGCGUAUCGACGCGCGAACGCCUCGCGUCGAAGACGUCCCUCAGCGAAGCCCGCGUUCAGGUUUGGUUUUCCAACAGACGAGCAAAAUGGCGGCGUCACCAGCGCAUGAACCUUCUAAAGCGUUCGCCGCCGCACCCGGCGGUAUCGGGAAGUGGUUUAGACACGACCCGUACAGGGGCAUCGUUAACUGGUAUAACCACAGGAACCCCUGCCGGGGGGAUGGGUGGCGAACAUAGUGCAUUCCGCGCGGUUCACGGUACCGCCGUACCGUCCCAGAGAUUCGCCGAAUCCGGUGGUAGCGGCGGCGUCGCGGCCCAGCCGGAAAGAAAGCCGAGCGCGUUUCGCAUGAUCAGUCAGCUCGUGGGGGACUCGUCGCCACCCUCGGCUAAUCAAACGACGACACCCGCGAGCAUAUUCGCCGGCGGCACGGACGCCUCGAGCAUAUCCCGACACUACAACGCCCCCAGGAGCCCGACGCCCCAGCGUCGGAGC